AUGGACCAGAUUGCGAAUAUUGUGGUGAUCCAAGACACACUUGUGAGACUUGUUUUAAAUUGCAUGGCUAUCCAGAUUGGUGGGCUACUCUUAAAGAUCAAGGACAACGUAAUACGGCCAGUAAUGGAUAUUCACACUAAGGAGAUUCUUGGUCGUGGUACUAAGAGAGGGGGGCCAUAUUAUAUCGAUGACUUCAGCCCUGGCAUGGCUAACAGUGUGACGCAUCCCUUUGAUAACAAACAAAAGCAAAUCUGGUUGUGGCACCGUCGAUUGGGACAUCCGUCUUUUAGUUAUAUGAAGCAUCUUAUACCAGAUUUAUUCUCAGGUUUCAAGGACUCCAACUUCACAUGUGAUACUUGUAUUUUGGCCAAGAGUCAUCGUGUGCCCUACCCGUUGAGUAUGAACAAGUGUACUACUCCAUUUACGUUAAUUCACUAUGAUGUCUGGGGACCUUCACCUAUCACUGCUCCUUCUGGUAUUCUUCGCUCCGACAAUGGUGGAGAAUUUGUCAAUCAUGACUUUCAGACUUACUUCCAACAACAUAGAAUUAUCCAUGAGACGACUUGUCCUCAGACACCGCAACAAAAUGGUGUUGCUAAACGAAAGAAUCGACAUCUUCUUGAAACCGCUCGAGCACUUUUGAUUGGCGCUCAUGUUCCUCGCCAUCACUGGGAUGAUGCUAUUGUCACUGCAGUUCACCUAAUCAACCGCAUGCCUUCUAGUGUAGUGACCUUUAAAACUCCCUUACAAGUGCUUGCGCAAUACAAACAUCUGCCCUCUGUUUUGGUACUCACACCCCGAAUCUUUGGAUGUGUGGCUUUCGUUCAUCUCCACAAAAAUCAACGUAGCAAACUUGAUCCCUGUGCGUUUCGUUGUGUUUUUGUGGGUUAUGCCACUCAUCAAAAAGGCUACCGUUGUUAUCACCCUCCUACCCGACGUACCUAUGUCACUUUGGAUAUGACCUUUCUGGAAUCUGAGCUGUUCUUCCAUGACCCAUCAUCCAAUUCUACGCUUCAGGGGGAGAUACGAAAAGUGAUUGAUCAUCCUGAGUUUGGAGCACAAGAUUACUCUAUGCCGAAAAGCGACCAAUCGUCCAUUCAUAGCGAUCAAUUACCUAACCCACCUGAUCCAUAUGAAGAUAUUUCUUAUCCGAUUCUCACACCUACAGACAAUACAGAACAACAAGAUGAAGACCCCCCCUCUAACUCAACAGUACCAACAAACCAAUCUCCUGAGAAUAUCCUUGAGCAAAAUCGUGGGAAGCCACCAAACCGCUAUUCACCUGAUAUUUGCAAGACAUCCAAGUAUCCAAUUGCAAAUCAUGUAUCCACUGAGAAGCUGUCUGAACCACUCAAGGCUUUUGUGCAUCAGUUGUCUGCUAUCCAUAUUCCAACCAAGGUCUCUGAAGCAUUGAAAGAUUCUAAGUGGGUCCAAGCUAUAAAAGAGGAGAUGAAAGCUCUUGAGAAAAAUCAGACUUGGACAUUGGAGACUAUGCCACGAGGAAAAAAGACUAUUGGAUGGUACACACAGACCUAUGGUAUAGACUAUGAAGAAACUUUUGCUCCAGUUGCAAAGUUAAACAACGUCAGAGUCUUAUUGUCUCUUGCAGCUAAUUUGGAUUGGCCACUACACCAGUUUGAUGUAAAGAAUGCUUUUCUACAUGGCGAACUCACGGAGGAGGUUUACAUGGACAUUCCUCCUGGUUAUAAUAUUACUCAGACUGGAACAGUUUGCAGGUUACGAAAAGCAUUGUAUGGGUUGAAACAGUCUCCACGUGCAUGGUUUGGACGGUUCACCAUGGCAAUGAAGAACAAUGGUUUCAAACAGUGCAACUCUGAUCAUACUCUAUUCUUGAAACAUCGGAAAGGGAAGGAAAUAUCACAGUUACAAGACUAUCUGGCUACAGAGUUCGAGAUGAAGGAUCUAGGUGGACUCAAGUAUUUCUUGGGAAUUGAGAUGGCUCGAUCGCAGCAAGGCAUAUUUCUCUCUCCAAGGAAAUAUGUCUUGGACUUGUUGACUAACAAAGAAAGAUACCAAAGUGUCAGUCAAUUUAUGUACUCUCCAAGUGAAGACCACAUGAAUGCAGUUCUUCGGAUACUUAGAUAUUUGAAGUCUGCACUUGGAAAAGGACUUAUGUUCUCAAAGCAUGGUCAUCUAAAUAUUGAUGGUUAUUCAAAUGCAGAUUGGGCAGGUAAUGUAACAGAUAGAAAAUCCACAUCGGGUUACUUCACAUUCGUGGGAGGUAAUUUGGUGACAUGGUGGAGCAAGAAACAGAAUGUAGUAGCUUUAUUCAGUGCAGAAGCCGAGUUCAGAUGCAUGACUAAAGGGAUUUGUGAACUUCUUUGGUUAAGAAAGUUGCUUACUGAACUUGGGUAUAAACCUACAUCUACAAUGAAUCUCUUUUGUGACAACAAGGCUGCUAUAGCCAUUGCACAGAAUCCGGUUCAGCAUGAUCGUACUAAACAUGUUGAGGUGGAUCGACACUUCAUCAAACAGAAGCUUGAGGCUAAAGCGUUUCAGUUUCCUUUUGUGAAAUCCGAGGAUCAAUUGGCGGAUAUUUUGACAAAGGCGAUUUCCAGUAAAGCAUUCCACAAUUCACUGGAUCAGUUGGGCAUUGGCGACAUCUAUGCACCAACGUGA